AUUUGGAUUAAUGUUUCUAUUUUAUAGAAAGAUUUUGAAACUAAUAAUUCUUUAUAUAUUCCAUUUCUAGCAUAACGGAUUUUACUACGGAAACUGCCGAAAAUAGUUUUUACAUCUGAGCAUGCGCAAAGCGGUUUAGUUUAAACUCGAGAAGUUUUGGUGAUGAUAUUUAUUUCUGAUCACUGGCGGGGAAAGUGAAUUUUUCAUUCCCUUUGAACUUAUUUGUAAAAUAUUGAAAAUGAUGAACAAUUCUUUAGACGGCGGGGUUCCAAAUGAAUGGGAACUCAGUAAAGAAAACGUCCAGCCACUGAAGCAGGGCCGUAAAUUCUCCAGUUUAAAUGCUGCUCUACAGCCGCACAGUGGAGAUCAGCAAGCUAAGUUAAAGGAACAAAAGCAAAUGUUUGAAUCAGAGUUAAGGACGUACAGUGGUGAUGACCCUUUGGAUGUCUGGUUUCGAUAUGUUAAGUGGACUGAACAAAACUUCCCAAAAGGUGGUAAAGAUGGAAACUUGCAGGCCAUUCUGCAGCGCUGUGUGACCAUAUAUAAAGAUGACCCCAGAUACACCAAUGACCACAGAUACAUUGAAUGCUGGGUGAAGUUUGCGAGUCUGUGCAACGAACCCCUAGAAAUCUACAACUUUCUGUACAACCAGGGCAUUGGCUGCCAGCUGGCGGUGUUCUAUAUGGCCUGGGCAGCUGAGUAUGAACAGGCAGGAAACACCAAGAAAGCAGAUGCUGUUUAUAAAGAUGGUAUUCAAAGAGGUGCACAACCAACUGAGAGAUUGUUGCAACAACACAGUGAGUUCCAGGCCCGUGUAGCCAGGAGAUCAGCUGGUGAUAUGAUGGAGACAGGAGACCAGGAGGAGACAGCAGAGGAACAGAGGGUCACUUUGGGGGCAUUGAGACCAGUGGGGAAGAGGGGUGCUGUGGGGAGUACGAGAACAGGAGGAGCCAAGGGAGGUUCCCAGGGAGGCCUAAGGCUGCAGAUGCCCUCAGUACAGUCUCAGAUAGGGCCGUCCUUCCAAGUGUAUAACGACGAGAAUGCCAGUGCUGGUGCCAGCCUACCUCCACAGACAGGAGAGUACGUCUCUGCGCCCACCAAACCAGAGGUGUACAGGAAAGAAAAUGAACAGAAGGCUGGGGUCUGGACAUCUGCCAAAGUGAAGCAGCGGUCAGUGCCAGUGGUACCGGUCAGUGAAGUAGCCCAACACAGCAGACCUGCCUUCUCUGUACACGUGGACGAAAACGCUGACCAACCCAUGACGACACCAAGGAAGAUGCCAGAAGUAGGAAAUCAAGUUUUAAGUGCGCGGAAGCCGUCCAAGCCAGCAGACCCCCUGCAGAGUAUCAGCCAGUUCCACCAAGAAGAUCCCAACAUGAGACCCAUGUACUGCAAGGAGAAGAUCUACGUCAGCACGGAGGAGUUCUCCUUUGAGGAACUGAGGGCUGCACGCUGGAAAGCCAAGAUGAGGAGACGAAAAGAGAAAGAGAUGGAAGAGAGACGAAAAAUGCUGGAGAGACAGGAAGAGGAAUUAUUACGACAGAGGGAGGAGAGGCUACGCCUGGAACAGCAGCUGUUUGAGCAGCAAAGACGGGAGAUGGAGGAGAGACAGAAGCAGAUCAUACAGCAGCAACAGGAGCAGUUUGAGAAAGAAAGGUUACGCCAGCAGCAGCUGAUGGAACAAGAGCUCCAGAAAAAAUUUCAAGAGCAGCUGCAAUUUAAUCGCCAGGCUCCAACACAAGCAGCCUCAGGCGCUGGUCCAAUCACAGGCCACAAGACAAACAGUUUUAGAGAUACCAGUUUGUCAAGACAACUUCCCUUCAAUGAAAUGAACCCUGGUGGAAACGUGUUGGCCAAAGAGCAGCCAGUCAACAGCAGUCUGAACAGUACCCGCACCCCAAACUUUAACACCUCGUCUAACACCAGCGUGUCAUCCACGUCCACUGCCAAACAGAGGUCUGUGGGACCCUCUCCAGACAGCGGCGCCUUUAACCCCUUCAGGGGAUCUGCCAGGAACACACCUCUUAAAGGGUCACUGACUGCCCCCAGUCCCACUGUGAACACCAGGGAAGCCAUGCAGGUUGUCAUGGGGAUGUUCAACAACACACUGGACAUUGAGAAGAACCUUGGCUGGAGCGCUGCCCCCAAGGAGGAUGAGGAGGAUGACUUCAACAUGGACGAUGACGAGUUUGGAGCACAGUUUGCUGCUACCAGCACCAAGAAGGUGUCGGCCUUUGUUCCUGUUGAUGCACCAUUCACCAUAUUUGACGACCAGGCACAGGACACAGAGAACAAAUGUGACCAGCCAGCUCAGACGCCUGAAGAUGACACCAAAGAAAAUAAACCUCCAUUUGGUCACCAGACAGUUCCCAAGAGACAAGGUCUGUCAGGUGUGUUACAGCCAGCUACUGAUGUGCCUUGUAUUCCACUUGAAGAACAGAAGCGAAUGAUGGGUGAGGAAGAGGAGGAGGAACAGGAGCAAGAGCAGAUGGAAGGGACUCAACGCAAUGACAUCCACCAUUACGACAUGACCUUUGCCCCUCAAGGAGGUCCUUCCAAUUUUGCUGCCGCAGCCAGGUUGGCAUCCACCCCCUUCAACCCCCUGGGGGACCACCCGUCCUUCAAUGCCCCUCCCCUCAGUACCAUCAGACCCAGCGCCCUGGACAGUGACAGGACUGAUAUCUCUGAGACCACUAACACUUCUAAACACUUCUCUGUGUUUGAGGAUGAGAAUAAACCUGACAAAAAUUACUGUAGUUCAGCGUCAAGAGCACAAGUGGCAGAGGGAGCGAAAUCCCCAGAGGGAAUAUUUCAAAUGCCCUCGGAGAUGCAGAACUCAAAAACUGGACUAAGCCCUAUAAUGGAGCAAAGUGACGAGGAAGUGAAGUCAUCGCGGUCCCACUCUCAGGGGAGCAGCGUGGCCUCAUCCCAGCACUCCAUGCAUGAACUGCUCAACCUACAGAACCAUGCCCGCCAGCCACCCCCCAGGGACCACCCCAGGGACCACGCCCGGCACCAGAUUGACAUGUCCACCUACAUCGCUCCAGAAGACCUGGAUGAGAAAACGGUGAACAUCCUGUCAAUGUCCAUCGCCAUCGAUCCCUACGAUCCCUUUGAUGAGGAGUUGGUGGCCAGGUUUUUAAGGCGUCUCCCAACUCCCGUCUCUUCCUUUCACAAUUAUCACGCUAUCCAGGAAGAGAUGCCUGAGAUUACUGCAGGAACAGCUGUCAGCUUGGAUGAUGAUCUGUACAGUGUAGAUGCUCUGCUGGGGGAGGGAGGGUUUGCCAAAGUGUACAGGGUCUCCUUGCUGGACUCCACAGACAUUGGGGAUCUGGAUGGCGGGGAUCAGAAAUAUGUCAUGAAGGUUCAAAAGCCGCCAUGUCCGUGGGAGUUUUAUAUCUGUACAGAGCUUCACAAGAGACUGUCUACUGUGCCAGGACCUGAUGUGAGGCCAUCUGUGAUGUCGAUAGAGGAUGGCUACUUCUUCCAAGAUGGCAGCAUUCUGGUCAACAAGAUGUACACAAAUGGCACUCUGUUGACAUUGGCUAACACAUACAAGAUGAAGCACAUGUCUAUGUGUGAGUCCCUGGCCAUGUAUCUCACCAUUCAAUUACUGAGGAUUGUAGAACAGAUCCACCAGAGCCAGAUCAUCCAUGGAGACAUCAAGCCAGACAACUUCCUAUUACUGGAUCUUCCACACUUACCAGACAGCAGAGACCCUGAGGUGAUAUUUGGAGCCACACCCAGUAUGAAACUGAUUGACUUUGGCCGCAGCAUAGACAUGACCAUGUUCCCUGCAGGGACAACUUUCCUGGCCAAAGUGAACACCUCAGGAUUUCAGUGUAUUGAAAUGAAGACAGAUAUGCCAUGGACAUAUCAGACUGACCUCUUUGGCAUUGUUGGGACCAUACAUGUAUUAAUAUUUGGUGGAUACAUGAAUGUUUUUCAAACUAAUGGGAGAUGGAAGACCACAAAUACAGUGAAAAGGUGGUGGAAGCAAGACCUGUGGAAGCGUUUCUUUGACAGACUUUUGAACGUCCCCAGCUGUGAUGAGUUGCCUAACUUGGGUGACAUCCGCAGAGAAUUUGAACAAUGCUUCAUGACAAUAAUUGAAGGAAAGCGUGUCGAGUUCAAUGAUGAGGUCAAACGGAUAUCAGUGUCCCACUUUGAGCUGAAUACGCACAGAUGAAAACAACCCCUCCUCUACCCUUGUGGGACAUCACGGGUUUCCAGCAGGCCCAUUAAGUCACCUAUGUAUUCUGAAACCUCAGUCUGGUUACUUUGUCAAAAUAUGCCAGUUUUGAGAACUUUCAUUCAUGGCUCUUGACAAAUAUUUAAGUUUCUGGGAAGUGUUGACAUUAGUCUGGUAGGACCUUCAUUUAUAUGCAAGAUUAAUUAAUAUAAAUCAUGUCAUUCAUCAUGUAUAUAUGCAUCAGAUUUCUUGGCACUUCAUAUGUGCAGCUGUGACUUGGGUGAAUGUGUUCAUGGUUAGGACUUAAAUAGAAUGGUUCACUUGAUAUAGAUUCAUUGUUGUAGAUAUUUGUA